AAACACCGCGUCGAAGAGAAAGCUGUGUGCGAAUGUUCAAGUGUCGUGUUGUUUCGUUAGCACAGCGCAGCGGCUCAGUCAGCUCACUUACAUGCUCUAGUACUGUUUCGUUCGCUGAAUUAACACACAGACAUGGCUGGAAGCGCUGGAGAAUGGUGUCUCAUGGAAAGUGACCCGGGGGUUUUCACAGAACUGAUAAAAGGCUUUGGAUGCAAAGGAGCACAAGUUGAGGAGAUAUGGAGCAUGGAGCCAGAGAACUUUGAAAAUCUCAAACCGGUUCAUGGCUUAAUUUUCCUCUUCAAAUGGCAACCUGGUGAGGAACCAGCUGGGUCAAUUGUACAGGACUCCAGACUUGACCAGAUCUUUUUUGCCAAGCAGGUCAUUAACAAUGCUUGUGCAACACAAGCGAUUGUCAGCGUGCUGCUGAACUGCUCACAUCCUGACAUGCACCUGGGUGAAACACUGACAGAGUUCAGAGAAUUCUCUCUCAGUUUUGACGCUGCAAUGAAGGGUCUUGCUCUCAGUAAUUCUGAAGUGAUUCGACAAGUUCACAACAGCUUUGCCAGACAGCAGAUGUUUGAGUUUGAUGCCAAGUCAUCAUCUAAAGAUGAAGAUGCUUUUCAUUUUGUGAGCUACGUACCUGUUAAUGGUAGACUCUAUGAACUGGAUGGACUUCGUGAAGGACCUAUUGACCUAGGUGCUUGCAACCAGGAUGACUGGAUUAGUGCAGUUCGGCCAGUAAUUGAGAAAAGAAUACAGAAGUACAGUGAAGGUGAAAUCCGUUUUAACUUGAUGGCCAUUGUGUCAGACCGCAAGAUGAUUUAUGACCGUAAAAUUGCAGAGUUACAGGCCCAGUUAUCAGAGGAAGAGCCAAUGGACACAGACCAAGGUGGAAAUCUCCUCAGCUCCAUCCAGUCAGAAAUCGCAAAGUACCAACUCCUGAUUGAGGAGGAAAAUCAGAAACUUAAACGAUACAAAAUUGAAAACAUUAGAAGAAAGCACAACUACCUACCCUUUAUCAUGGAAUUACUGAAGACCCUUGCUGAGUAUCAACAGCUGAUCCCAUUGGUUGAAAAGGCUAAAGAAAAGCAAAGUGCCAAAAAAAUUCAAGAAGCAAAGUAGUAACACCACAUUUUCAGUCAUUUGUGUAAUUUGCCACGGAAUGCCCUUUCGUCAUCUGUACCAAUGAGAGCACCUAUAAACUGAACCCGAGUGCGGUGCUUUUUGUCAUAUUGUCUAAAAGCUUCCACACUUGCAUGUCGAGGAAUGUUUAAAUAAACCUGUCUUAUUUUCAUAUAAAUCCCAUUGUUGGUCAGAA